AUGGUUGCUAGGAAUGCAUGGAGGAUUAUUGAAAAUCCUGACUGCCUGCUAGCUUGCACUCUUAAAGCAAGAUAUUUCCCUAAAACUGAUUUUUUGAAUGCUAAGUGUCCUGCUAAUUUUUCUUGGACCUGGAAAUGUCUGCAUGCUAUUAAAGAGCUCAUUAAACCCUUUAUUUCUUGGAUUGUUGGAGAUGGUCAAUUUAUUGAUCCUUGGUGUGACAAAUGGAUUCCUUCUUUAGGAUCUGUUGUGCCUAAUCUCUUGGUUCCUCCAAAUCCAACUAUAAAGGUUUCUUACUUUAUUAAUCUCAUUACUAGAUCUUGGGAUGUAGAUAGAUUAAACACCCACUUUGAUGAUUCUUCUGAAAAGAAGAUUGUCACUAUUCCCUUAAGCCAAAUUCAAGUGUUCACUUGGAAAGCUGCCAGAAAUGCCUUACCUUCUAGAAUUGUCCUUCAUACUAGAAUGCCAAUGAACUCUGUUGAUUGUGCUAGAUGCAAUGAUCCUUAUGAAUCUAUUAUGCAUGCUCUUUUCAUGUGUCCUUUUGCUAGUCGUGUUUGGUUCUUAUCCUCUUUCUGUGUUAACACUCAAUCCUUUAGUAGUAAAACUUUUAUUGAUUGGAUGAUAUUUUGGUUAGUUAAUCCUGCCUCUAAGCACCAUGAAGAGGAUCAAUGCUUGUUUAUUGCUAUUUUUUGGUCCUUGUGGAAAAGUAGGAAUAACCUUAUCUUCCAAAAUAGCAAAGAAAACUAUACUGCAGUCCUGAUGAGAGCCAGGGAAAUGCUAUUAACUAGGAAAACUAGCGCUUCUGCUUCCCUUCUGGGUCAUGUUAGUGUUUGUGACAAAUGGAUGCCCCCACCAACUGGAUGGAUAAAAUGGAAUAUUGAUGGUGCUUAUGAUGAAAUUUCUGGAAAGUAUGGUGCAGGAUUUGUGAUGAGGGACUUCUCCAACACUACCUCCUUUUGUGCUUCUAUAGUAUUUCAAGUGGAGUCUGCCGAGGAAACUGAAGCCAGAGUUAUUUGGGCAACUCUAAAGAAAGCUGUGGAGCAAAAGCUUACCCAUCUAAUUAUAGAAAGUGAUGCUCAGAGUCUGAUCAACCAAUUUUCAGCUGGCUUGUUUGAUGGGAACUCUAGAACGGAUGUUAUUUUUAAGGAAAUUGAGUUUUUCUCUUCUAGUGUUGUAGCCUGUUUGUUUAUUUUCCAACCACGAACUUGUAAUUUUGUGGCUCAUGAACUUGUCCUUUGGGCUAAAACAAGCAAUUCUACCAUGUACUGGUCUGUUCCUCCAAUUUGGCUUAUGCCUUUUGUUGAGGGGGAUCAUUAG